AUCAUAUAUAUCAAUGGUAUUUUGCGCUAUAUAAAUAUUAAAAUUAUUAUUAUUUUUAUUACUUAUUACAUGCCAAACAAUAUCACGAACCUUACGGUCAACUUUACGGACUUCGUACAACCUCACAUUGUGAUUGGUCAAUAUGGUUUAUUUCAGGAUAUCCCAGAAGCACCUGAAAGGAAGAUGACUGAUCAAAUCAACGAGGUAUGGUGAUGCUAACUGCUUAUAAACAGGAAAGGAGGGAAGGAAAAAUAAAUGCAAUCAUAAAUCAAAGGCCAUUGAGGCAAACGGGCAAUCUGAACAACAUUUUUCACGAAGGCAAAGGGCUCCUUGGCCGCCCUGGCCCCCGGUUCCUACGCCCCUGCCACCAUGAAAUUGAUUGGUUUUACACCUUGACCUAAAAGUUCACCAUGUUUCAUUUGCUAUGACUGUCUUUGAAAAAAAAGGAAGAUUUACGUAAUUCGUGGCUGCAGAAGUUAGGAAGACAUGCAUGGAGCGACGCUAUCUCCAUAGUAUGUAUAAAGGCAAGCUGAAAAUUCAAAAUUUGAAACUUAGUACUACAAAAAUCAUGUGAAUUAAGGCAGUGCAGUUCCCUUCCAAAAUGGAUUUUUGGUCAUCUGUAGACGGAAAAUUUUGUAAUUUUCAAAAAUUUUGAAAAUUUUGACGGAAGAUUUGUAGACGGAAAAUUCGAGUGUAAAUUUUAUACAUUUAUUUAGGCCUGACCUGAAGCAGUUGUGAAAAAUGCAACUAUAGGCCCUCUGGCAGGAUUCGAACCUGCGGUUCUACGAUUCCGUUGCAGCGCUCUAACCAUACAGAGUCCUGUUGUCGAGCUCUCGCAGCAAGUUUAUGUAUAUAGGUGAUGACAUUAGGGCCAUUUAUACGGGACAAAGUAAGUCGCGACUUACAUUAAGCCUGAUUUCUACUACCCAGCGGGCAAAAUGACGUUUAUCCAACGUCGAAUCAACGUUGGAAAUGACCUUCCAGACGUUGGACAGACGUUGAAAAAGGGUUGACUAUGCAAAUUGGAUCGACGUUACUGUUUCGACGUUGAAACAACGUUGAAAUUAGGUUGCCAAUCUCGUCAUCCAUAAUUCAACGUUGAAUCUACGUUAAAACAACGUUGAGAUUGGUUCACAAAUCGACGUCGUACAUUUAACCAUGAAUGAACGUUAAUUCAACGUCUGUUGGCUGCUGUUGAACCAAUGUUUGUAAAACAACGUCAGAGCAACGUAGAUAUUAGGUUGUCGACGUCACAACCUUUUUUCUACCAAAUUUCAACGUUAAAACAACGUCGUGUGCCCGGUGGGUAGGUGGAAUUUUGCGCGCGGAGCGACAUUUUUCGCAGCCACAAAGUUGAAAGCAGUUCAACUUUUCAGUUUCCGCGCGCAAAAUGUCGCUCCGCGCGCAAAAUUCCGCCUAGUGGAAAUCAGCCUUAAGACGCGUCUUAUAUAAGCGGAGCUAUCGCAUAAAUGAUUCUAGCUAUAAUGUUGUUUCAGUUGUUUUUGUUUUAAUAUGCAAGGCUAAUAAUGUUACGUUGUUUCAAGUUUCGGGCAUGUGUAGUUAGAUUUUUGGUCCAAAAUUCUUAUUUAAGACGCGACUUAAAUAAGAACAGCUAAAAGUCCUGUUCUUAUGUAAGACGCGUCUUAUCCAAGACGCGUCUUACAGAAGAAUUUUGUACCUUUUAUACGACAAACUCGCGUCUUAUUUAAGUCGCGUCUUAUGUAAGACGCGUCUUAUUUUGUCCCGUUUAAAUGGCCCUAUUAUGUAACAACUCGAAAAAUCGUAUGGAGCUAGUUAUCCAAAGCGCAUCGGAUUUGUCUAUCACGAUUUCCAAAUUUCCCAAUAACAUAAUUCAAAAUGAAAAAUUUCCCAUGAUAAAUCCGCAGUUUCAAAAACGGAUUCAUAAUUCAUUGGGCCACUGCAAGAUAACCGGGGUUCGUACAAAACUUGGAAAUCCUUGAAAGUCCUUGAAUUUGGAAACAAAAAUUCAAGGCCUUGAAUGCUCUUGAGUUUAUAAAGAAGCGCAUGGAAGUCCUUAAAUUGUCUAGCUUUAGUGGAUCUUUUCUGAAAUUGUUUGGCAUUAAGAAUUGGACAUUUUGUAAAUUGAUUUUGUUCAUGUCUUAUAAAGGCCAAAGCUGUUUGAAAUAUUAAAGUUUCCGUCUAACAGUUUAAUUAACGUCACUUUUUACUAAUUUCUAACGCCUUCUUUUCAGCACUUUAAGGCGGAUCUCCACUAGACGAUUUUGAGACGAUCUUUAAAACAGUUCGCAACGACACAUGCCCAAUUGAAGAAAAAUGUUCGAAGAGCGAUCGUCUAGCGCGCAACAUUUUUAACCAAUGCGAUUACAGGAUCCUUUGUCCAAACAUUUCGAUAUGAAGUUUUAGUAGCUAUUCAAAAAUGCUACGGAGCAUUCUGAAGUAACUAAAAAGAUUUCAUGGUCAUACAGUCGUAAAUCUCGUACGAGCAAUUGGUAUUCACCUUUCUGAUUUCUUUCCUCGUAGAGUUUACGAAUCCAAAAUCUGCUGCGCUUCCUUUUUAUUCCUUUUCGAUAAAAGUAUACAACCAUCAACCUUCUUCGUAGAAGUAAAUAAUUCAAGUAGUGAUAAUUCAUGUUUAUCCCGCGCUUUUUUUCUUGCUGCUAGUACAUCUCCUACACUUCUUUCUAAAUCAUCGCGAAUUUUUAUGACGAUCGUCAUAAAAUUCGUCUCAAAUAUCGUCUGGUGGAGAUCCCGACCGCCUUUAGUCUUUAAAUUUCAUGAUAUAUGCAGGCCUUGAAAAUAUCUCUGAAAAGCCCUUCAAUUUAACUCUUCCUGACCUGUAAGAACCCUGGAUAACGCAUUUGAUUCUCAUCACUCGAAAUUCAACAAAAGUUAAUUUUUUAGCCGAUAUUCCUGUGCCGUUUUCCAGCGGAAAUAAAGUCAUUUUAUAUGCUACGUUGCCCUGAAGAUAUAAGGCUCACUGAGUCCGUAAGUAAACUAUUACUUAUACAUAAUAAUAAUUUCCUCACGUUAUUAAAAACCUGAAAAUUUACAUCAAAUUCUACCAAUUCAAGAACACAGUGCUGCAUGGUGUCGUGUUCUGUUAUAACUAAUGGAUAAACUUUGGCAUUAUUUCAGGUUGACUUGUUAAUGCCAAAUGUUGGUGAAAUUGUCGGUGGAUCAAUGAGAAUUUGGCAAUAUGUAAGUAGACCAUUUGCUGUGUUUUCUCGUCAAUUCCAGUCCGCAACAAAUAUUGGAGAGGUUCAGAUUUGCAUGACCGGGGCAUGAGAGUUGAGGAGUUACGGUGUGCAUAAAUUUGCAUGUAUAUCAGAAAUUGUUGAACAAUGUAAGCACCGUUCAAACGAAGAUGAGAGUUGGCAAGAGUUGAUGCGAUUGUCAACUACAAAUUUUUAAUGAGAGUAGAUGAAAGUUUUUGAUCGUUUGACCGGUAAUAUCCAGUCUCGCCAAGUCUCGUCCAAGUCUUUUUCUUGUGUGACAUUUCGCUUCUCAACUUCGUCAAGACUCAUCCUCGUUUGACCGGGGCUCUUCUAUAAGAUAUAAAAGCCCUCAAUGACAUAUAGGUUAAUUGAGCGAUAUUGUGUGUAUGAUGACGCCGACAUCCAGAUCGUAUAGAGCAUGUUCCAUAAUGGUUGACAUACGGUGAUAUUAUUCUAUUAUUUUCAGGAUGAAUUGUUAGAAGGUUACAAACGUGUAGGGAUUGAUCCUACAUCUUAUUACUGGUACACUGAUCAGGUACUCAUGCUAAAAUACUUUACAUCCUGUCUGAAUGUAAUCUACACGAGUAAAAAUCUCACAUCUUGUAGCAAGUCUGCCAACAUGUUGUGUUCGCGCUGCUUGUCCCAAGUUGUCAACAAGUUUGGAACACGUUGUAAUUGUUAACAACUCGUAAAAACCUUGUUCAUAUUAUCAGACUUGUUGCAAGGUUGUUCCAACAAGUCCGAUACAGUCAUGAUAUAACAAUAUUGUUAUAACCUUGUGUUGUCAACCUUGAGAGCAGAUUUGUUACAACUUGUUUGCAGACUUGUUACAAGGUUGUUCUAACAAGUCUGAUACAGUCAUGAUAUAACAAGAAUGUUACAAGGUUGACGACACAAGGUUGUAACAAUAGUGUUAUAUCAUGACUGUAUCGGACUUGUUGGAACAACCUUGCAACAAGUCUGAUGAUAUACUGAAUUCACAAAAAUGCAGUAAAUGUCCGCGCAGAGGCCUAGGGACAACAGAUAUCUGUUAUUUCUAUGGGUCUAGGGCAUACCUACUAGAAGGGCUUCAAUUUUCGCCAUCAUUGGCGUCAAAACCAUAGCCGGAGUUAUCGUUCCAGUCUUUAUUGAGUCCACCGUCAGUAUAAUGUAUUUAAUUUGUAUUUCCAGCGUAAAUUUGGAGCAUGUCCCCAUGGUGGUUAUGGCUUGGGUUUAGCAAGAUAUCUGUGUUGGUUAUUGAACAGAAAACAUAUCAGGGAUGUGUGUAUGUACCCAAGGUUCAUUGGACGAUGCCGACCUUGA